AUGAAUACGCGGGAUCUGCAGAAAACACUGGAAACUCAACAUGACCAGCUGAAACUUUACGAGAAGAAACUCAAAGAUGUUGUGAGAGCUUACAAAAGCCUGGAUGCUGAGAAGAGCGCCCUCCAGAAAGCAUUAGAUUCGCUUUCCAGUCAAGGAAAUGAUGAAGAAGGGUCUUCAUCUUCCAAAGAGGAUACUGUGAAAGAUUUGAAAAUUGCAAUCGCAACGCUUACUAGGGAGAAUACUAAAAAAGAGGCUGCUUUCCAGAAUGAUAAGAAGACCUUACUAGCAAGUAUUUUUGCUUUAUCAGUUAUAGAGCAAAUCAAGAAUCUGCAGUCGAAGCUCCAGCAAAUGGAAGCAGACCGGGAACGUGAACUCACCGACCAUGGAAAGGUGUUGGCGGAGAUGCAGUCGAGGUUUGCCAAGGAACAUCAGUCAUUCGAAGCUGGUGCUAGAGAGGUCGAUCAUGCCAGAGAAUUGCAAGAUGCAGUGACUAGGACAAAACACUCUACUCAACUCGAAGAGCAGGAAAGGGCCUCCAGGAAAAUCGCUGAACUCGAGGAGAAAACCAUGAACCUCUUGGAAACAGUUGCGAGAAGUGAGGAAGCACGAAGUGAAGCCCACGAAGCUUUACUGAAAGCUGAAGCAGAGAGAUCUGCUCUCUUAGAGGUGAUAUUUUGCUCAGACAUAUAG